CUAAUACUGAUUAUCCUUGUAUACAGUAAUUUUACUAAUAUUGAUUGUUCUCUUUCAAUUUUUCAGACUUGCUUUGUAGUUUAACUUCCUGUGUGCAUCUUGCAAUUUUCUUUGUAGGUCUUCUCAUUUCUAUUUGACCUAACAGCAUUCCUAAGUAACGGCACAUUGCCAACUGAAAGUUCUCCUCCUACCAACCUUACUUUCCCAGUAACAUAGCAAUGAGUGGAAGAAAAAGCAACUCUGGCAAAAUAACACUAGGAAUGCUAAAAGGUAAAUCAGUCACCACUUCUGUGCCAGUCUUUUCCUUCCGUUUCCGCGCAGACGAUGAAGAACUGGAAGAAAUAUACCCAAGUGCAGAGGAAACAGAUGAUGAUACUGAGAAAAAAGAGGAAGAAUCAAGUAUCUCUACAAGUGGUGCACAGAUGACAGCAACUACCACUGUUCAGACUGCGUCUACCACAAGUGCAUCGGCUACAACGAGCAUCAUCCAUUCUCGGGACCCUUCACCCAUGAAAGAAUACUUAAAAGGAUUUGGCAAGAGGUCAACUAGCGUUGAUGCUGGAAUGACUGAUGGAGGGUUGCCUGCCUCUGGUGGCGACGCCUGGAGACUUUUCCAUGAAAUAAAAGGAAAAAUUGCAAAGACAGUUGAAGAAAAAUUUGGUGAAAAGAAAAGUGAUAGAAGAUCUAGUGCAUCAGUUUUUGCAAGCGGGUCAAAUGUACAAGGAGGUAGGCUUGUAGGAGGUGGUAGCGGUAAGGAUGAUUCAAGCAUUAACAGUGAUUCUGAAGAUAUUUCAGAAUGCUCUAAUAAAGGUCAAGAUACUAAACCAGCAAAGAGGAAAGAUAAGAAGGAAGAAGGAUCCCCAAAGAAAACAUUUCCAGACACAGAUAAAAAGGAUGAAGAUAGUAUUACAUCAGCUUCUUUGGAAGCACCCAGUAUAUCCAGUUUACCAGAAGUUGGUGGUAAUUUGUCUGCUCCUACAUCACCUAGAAAGUCAAAGAAAGUUACUGCAGGUGUCACUUUGGCUGUCAAACAGAACAGAAAACGUGACAAAUUACUGGUGACUGCAGAUUCUGGUGGAGCUGUGCUUGAUGAAACCCAUCCUUACAUUGAGGCAGAAGUAGAGUCUGGCGUAGAAGUUAACGAGGAGAUGAACUUGAAUGUCAUAGAACCUGACGAGCAAGACAUCCCGACAACAGAUUAUCGGCAACCUUUUCCUGUAACUUCCCCACCACUUAAUACAAAACAACGUAAAACAUCUUUAAUCUUCAGGCUUCGAUUCUGGGGAAAGAAACUCCUUCCAUUUAUAGGGAUUUUUAUAUAUUUUAUGAUUCCUCUUUCACCGUACAUAUCAGGUUUUAUAAAUGGAAUUGCUGUUUCCAUUGGAGUUGCUGUUGUGUAUGCUUGGAUUGUACAUCUGAUUAAUCCUACCAAGUCACAUAAUUCAGAUGAGAGUUGUCUUCAGAUUGAUAAGAAAUUCAGUAUUCCAGAUUAUACGAAGGUGCCAAUACUGGAAGUACCUGCAAUAAAGGAAUAUCAUCAGCUGAAUAAGUAUGAAGGAUGGAUGAAUGAAUAUCGAAGUGAAUACAACCCAGAGACAUAUCACAUACAUGACACCGAGUCUGUGUAUAUCCGACUUGAAGGAACAACUCUUAGAAUUUCUCAUACGAAGUUUCGGGUUCCUAAGCGAGCCAUGUGGAAUGAACGUGCCCAUAAAUUGAAAUUUUAUCAUCAACGAAUUUACAGCAUAGAAAACUGUAUCCUGAAACUUUUGCCAGAAAGACUGACCAGGAGAAGACUUUGGAGCAAGAAGUACCCAAUCUGCAUUAUCUUGAACCAUAAUGCAAAAGUGAGAUUUGAGGACAUCCUUGAGAGUCAUGAGAAGGAGGAACGAGAUGACCCAAGUCUUAAAUUUCCAGACUCGGUUACAGAUGAGUUCAUGGAUGAGAUACCAGAUAAUCCGUCUAGUCAGCAUUCCAAAUCUGAGGCUGGACACGAAGAAGACGAUGCCACUUCUAACCAAAUAUCUGAAGCGAAAGAUCUUAAUGACAUUUCAGAUAUGCCAGCUGAUGAGAGUGAUGAUGAAACAUUCUGUCAUAUUGAUAAAUAUGAAGUGAUGGAGGACUGUUUGUACCUGUUUGCUAGGACGGACAGAGAGAAGGAGGAUUGGUAUAGAAGAUUUGCAGCUGUCAUUCGUCGGAAACGUUCCCCUGACAGUAACGAGGAAGACUCUGUUUCCAUAAUACCCGAUAUAUCCAGUUCAGCAAUAGUCAGCCCAACUGCAAGUGAUGAUAAUCUGUCAGAAGCCUCGUCAGACACGCCCUGUUCCCCCUCAACAGGAACAGCAUCGCCUUUACAAGCAGGGCUCACCUUCACAUUACCGGCCAAUGACUACAUGGCAGUCACAUCAUUUCAAGCCAGAGACUUUGAAUACCUGAGAUUCAUGUCCAAGUUCCAAGAGGUGCUGCCUUAUAAAAUGAAAAGCAACAAGGAAAAGAGAAUGCAUGCUGCUUUCAACCAUGUUUAUUUGCAUUCUACACAGAAAUCAGAAGCUGCUCGGAAAAAACACGAAAAACUGGAAGCGGACAUAGAGACUGAGAUAGACAAAGAAACCAGUGCUGAUGUCAUGUGGAUCAAUGCUAUGAUUGGUCGAGUCUUAUUUGACAUAUUGAAGAAUGAGUGUUUUGUUGAAAAGCUUCAGGAGAGAUUACAAAAAAAACUUUCAACGAUCAAGCUACCUUACUUUAUAGAAGACUUGAUUAUAACGGAAUUAGACUUGGGUCACAAUGUGCCUUUAGCCCAUCGUGCUUCUCAUCCCAGACUGGAUGAAAGAGGGCUCUGGGUGGACCUGGAUGUGACAUAUGAAGGGACAGCAUGUUUCACUUUAGAAACCAAACUAAACCUCAUGAAAGUGAAGCAAAUGGGAGGGGAAAUUGCAGCAGCACAAGCAGCCUUAACAGCAGAGAAAGAAGAAGCUAUACCUCUGGGUAAAAGUAAAUCACCUAUGUAUGACAGUGACCUGGAUGACAGUGCAGAAUCCUCUGAUGAUGAAGAGGAUGAUGGCAAAAGCACCUCAGGAGAUGACCAUUUGUCAUCCAGCAACAAAGAGAGCCAACAUGGCAACCUGUUCCGGACGAUACCAGUGGACUUGAAAAGAUUAAUAAAAACUCCUCCAACUGCCUCCACUGGAAAGAAGUUAAUGAACGUGAUGAAUAAGAUUGCUGCAUCAAAAUAUUUUCAGCAGGCAACUGAAUACAAGUACAUAAAGAGAGCCAUUGAAGGAGUUUCAAAUACCAGGCUUAUACUUAGUGUUGAGGUGAAUGGUUUGGUUGGAACGCUGGUUCUGAACAUCCCACCUCCUCCAUCAGAUAGACUGUGGUAUGGAUUUCGUGGAAAUCCACGUCUCUGGUUGCAGGCUCGACCCAAGUUCGGUGAGCGCCAAGUAAAUAUAAGCCAAGUGACAUCUUGGAUUGAGAAACAACUCUGUCAAGAAUUUCAGAAAAAGUUUGUACUUCCAAAUAUGGAUGAUAUUGUGAUCCCCCCAAUGACAUCGCAGCUGCCUGACUGAUGGCAGAAGAAAGGUUAUGAGGUUCCUCCGCUUUGUUUCUUCUGCACGAAUCAUUGCCUCCUUAUGCUGCCAGCCAGAUGAGUGACCAAUGAAAUAAAUUA